AAAGACAUGCAUUAAUGAGAUGAGAGGCUAAGAACAUUUCACUCGCUCCAUCUCUUUUGCAUCUCCUCAUGUCUCUUCCUCUCUCUCUGCUUUACCAGGUGGAGAUACUAUUAAGAGGAUAAACAAAUGUUUUACAAAAGACAAGCCAAUUAAAGCUCCCCUUCUUUCAUGUUUUCUUUUUGAUUGGAAUGUUGGAACAUAUUAUUAUAACAACGGUUUUGUUUUAGAUGAUUUUGUGAUUCGUAUCCUCUGAACUACACUUAUGCCACGGAAAUUUAAACAUGUUUGACAUGGUUUGAUUUCUCCUCAACUUGUCUCUUAAAUCAUCAAGUGAUAGAGCUACUUUAUAAGCCAAAAGAAUCAUCACAAGCCUGGAGACAUGGACUUAGCUUCCAAUAAGAACACAACAGCUAACUCUAAUGAUAUAGAUCCGACCGUAAAACCUAAGUCGCCUAGACCAAGCAACACACAAGCCUCUUCAUUUUCGCUUAAACUAGGAGACAACGUUCCCAGGAACCCUCAUUUCGAUCCCAAGAAGAUGGAUCCUCUCGUCAGACAUCAACCCUCAAAAUCUCCUGAACCUCCUUCCUCAGCUAGAGGAACCAACGAGAGUGAUAGCUUGGGAGCCAAGAAAAAUGUUCUUAAAAAUCUUUAUUAUGAUCCCAAGAAGAUUGUUCCUUUAACCACACCUGAAACACAAUCCCCAAGCGCCAGAGCUCAUCACCAACACAAGACAAAGUCUCCAGACAAAAAGAGAGUCCCUAGACAGAAUGGAGAUUAUGGUUAUGGCGAUAUGGGCCCAUCAGCUACACCCUUCAAGCCCCACACGGGAGGAGACGUGAGGUGGGAGGCUAUUAACUCAGUCACUUCAAGAGGCCCUCAGAUAGGUCUAGACAGCUUCAGGCUUCUUAAACGUCUAGGGUAUGGGGACAUAGGCAGUGUCUAUCUCGCUGACCUACAAGGGACCAACGCGGUUUUUGCCAUGAAGGUGAUGGAUAAGGCCUCGUUGGCUAGUAGAAACAAGUUGCUGAGGGCUCAGACCGAAAGAGAGAUCCUAUCUCUGCUUGAUCAUCCUUUCUUGCCGACGCUAUAUUCUUACUUUGAGACUGAGAAGUUCUACUGCUUGGUCAUGGAGUUCUGCAGCGGAGGCAAUCUCCAUUCUCUCAGACAGAAGCAGCCCAACAGGCGUUUCACUGAAGAAGCUGCAAGGUUCUACACUUCUGAAGUGUUGCUAGCCCUAGAGUAUCUACACAUGUUGGGGGUUGUGUACAGAGACUUGAAGCCAGAGAACAUCCUAGUCCGAGACGAAGGCCACAUAAUGCUUUCUGACUUUGACCUCUCCCUCCGCUGCUCCUUUAACCCCACCCUCGUCAAGUCCUCCUCAGUCUGCAGCACAGGAAGCGCUAUCCUCAACGAAGAGUUCGCCGUCAACGGCUGCAUGCAUCCCGCAGCCUUCCUCCCACGCCUCCUCCCUUCCAAGAAAACCCGUAAAGCCAAAUCAGACUCCGGCCUGGGCGGCCUCUCCAUGCCAGAGCUCAUGGCAGAGCCAACGGACGUGCGGUCAAUGUCCUUUGUGGGCACACACGAGUACCUAGCUCCAGAGAUCAUACGUGGAGAGGGACACGGCAGUGCUGUUGACUGGUGGACGUUCGGGAUCUUCCUCUACGAGCUCUUGCACGGGACAACACCGUUCAAAGGUCAGGGCAACAGAGCUACGCUGCAAAACGUGGUGGGCAAGCCACUGAAGUUUCCUGAUACUCCUCAUGUGAGCUCUGCAGCGCGUGAUCUUAUCCGUGGCCUUUUAGCUAAAGAUCCUCAUAGGAGAAUCGCUUACACAAGGGGAGCUACGGAGAUAAAGCAGCAUCCUUUCUUUGAAGGUGUGAACUGGGCUCUGGUGCGUAGCGCCUCUCCGCCACAUAUUCCUGACCCUGUUGACUUGGGACCGUUGACCGCUGCGAGAGGGAAGGGUAAGGGAUAUGGAGGUGGUGAUCAGUAUAACUCGGUUAAGCAUGAUGCUCAGGUUGCUUGUGCUGCUGGUCCCGCGACUCCUACUGAUGAUACGGCUUAUGUAGACUUCGAGUACUUUUAGAACUAAUACAAGUAAUGUACUCUACUAUGUGUUUUUUUUUUUGUUCAUAUUCUUUUUGACGAAUACAGACUGUGAUUUGUAAAAACAAAGAAGUGUCGCUUAAACAGUGUUUGAGAAUAACAUUUGAACCUUUCGUUUAGCUGAUCAAAAAGUUUCACAAAAUCCUUUCAUUAAAUUUUUAUUUUUUUUCACAGAAUCACUAGCUUUUGAAUAACAUCAGAUUUGAUGGUUUCGCUAAGGUCGUCACUUUUUUUUUUGAACGAACAAGUGAUUAUCAUUAAGAAAAAGAGUUACUCCCCACGGGGAGGGUUUACAAGGGAAAACAGAGUAGAUUUAGCAAGAGAGUCUGCUUUAACAUUGUUUAAACGUGGAAUAAAACCAAAUGAGAUAACUUCGAACGUGCAACUUAAAACCCUAAUAUCAAACAGUAAGCUAUGCAGCUCAAUUGUUGAAGAGGACGAGUUGAGAAGGUUGACGAGGGAUUUCGAAUCAGAGAAAACAUUCAAGCGAAAGAAUCCGUAAGCGACUGCGUCAAGUAGAGCAGCCUUUACCGCAAGGGCUUCAGCAACCAGGGGUGAAGCGACAUGGGAGCGGUUUGAAGAUCGGUGUUCAACAGAGACCUGGGGUCGUGAAAGACCCAGCCUUGUCCACUGUUUCUUGAGUUGGGGUCCCAGGCUCCAUCUGUGAAGCAAGCAUAUCCAGUAGAUGGUGGCUGCGGUAGAGGAGGCCGGUUGCGUAGAGAGCAAGUCUUAACAGGGGCUUGAGAGGCUUCUUCCCAGGACCUAGCAUCUUUCAAAACUUUCAGAGUUAUCUCUGCUUCAGACCAAGACUUGUUGUCCAAGACAAGUUGGUUCCUGUUCUUCCAGAGAUGCCAAAUAACCCAGGGGGCGACCGGAGUGGAGGCCAGGCCGGUAGGUGAGAGGUUGGUCAUUGUAGUGCAACAUAGUAGAAGCUCAGAGAUGGAGAGGUCGGAGCUAGGGUCUGGUUUGUUCAGGGCCGGAAUAAGAUCCCAUACACGGGCAGAGAAAGUACAUGUCAAGAGUAGGUGGAUAGGAGUCUCAACCUCUUCACAUCGUUUGCAUCUAGGAUCGACUUGUAUGCCUCUUGUUAGGAGAGCAGAGCCAACUGGAAGCGCCGCACUUUUGAUCUUCCAAAGAAAGGACCUUAGCUUUGGAGAAGUCUUAAGGUUCCAAAUGGUUUUUUUACAGGGGAAUGGAUCAAUGUUGUGGGGGUAAGAAGUGAUUCUGGAGAGGGCGUAGCCUGACUUCGAAGUGUAAGAACCUGAUUUUUCAAACAGCCAUACCAACUCGCCCUCCUUGUUCAGGGAACUAGGGAUGAGUUGUAGGAUGAGAUCCUGAUAGAGAGGCAAGUGUUGGCGGAUAGCUUGAAUGUUCCAUUCUUUUGAGUGUGGGAGAAUGAGUUCAUGGACUCGCAUGUUCCGGUUGUGGAGGGUUGGAGGCCCCAUUGGAAUAGACGGAGAGAGGUUUGACAGCCACGGGUCCUCCUACACUUUCACAGACGCUCCAUUGCCUACUGUCCAUCCGAGACCUGUCAAGAGAAGGUCACGGCCCCAGAUAAUCCCUCUCCAUCCGUGGGAGCAUGUGGUCGAGCUUGAAGCCCUAAGGAAGGGAUCAGAGUGGCAAUAUUUUCCUAACAGGGUCUGGCCAAGGAGAGAAUUCGGAUCCUGCACAAGGCGCCAAGCAAUUUUUGCUAGAAGGGCCUGGUUAAAACACUCAAUAUCUCUAAAUCCAAGACCUCCAAGGUUUUUUGGGAGAGUAAGCUUAAAC